UUUUAGUAACAUCUCACACCUCACUCACACAUCUCGCCAAUCUUCGAGAACGGUACAAUAUAUACAAUCUUAUCGAGCUUUUUAGCUAUGGCCGUCAUGGCUUUCGCUAAUGGUCUCAAGUUAGCUGCCCUCUGUGUGCUGGUCCUGAUCAUGGGCCAGAUGAUGGCAGUUACUGAUGCGUCGGCUCGGCUUUUGCAGUUCGCAAAGCAGGAGCGCUCAACCUCUGAAAAUUGUCUCUGCAGCCCUGCUACAUGGUGGUGUUGCCCUCCAGCAAGCGGAGUCGCAAAACCCUCCGAGGGUUGCCUCUGUAGCCCUACUACAUGGUGGUGUUGCCCUCCAACAAGCGGAGUCGCAAAACCCUCCGAGGAUUGCCUCUGCAGCCCUGCUACAUGGUGGUGUUGCCCUCCAGCAAGCAGAGUCGCAAAACCCUCCGAGGAUUGCCUCUGCAGCCCUGCUACAUGGUUUUGUUGCCCUGAAGCAAGUGGAGUCGCAAAACCCUCCGAAGAUUGAACUAAAAUCUUCAUGAGGGGGGGAGAUGGUAAGAGAUGGAUCAUUAAGCCGUACGUACGGCCUGAACUUGAAUCAUCAUUUUCUUUUAGUUCUAUCCAUGCCUACGUCUUUUGUGUGUAUUGUAUGUAAUGUCGUGCAGUGUGUCUCGAUAAAGAACAAAUAUGUGAGCUUCAAGACAUAUAAUUGUCUUGGAGUGCUACGUAAGUCCGUGUGGGGAUGCAUAUGCGAUGUGCAUAUGCCAGUUUACUGUUGGGUUGAUGUUGUAACCAUUGUAUGUUGUUUUCAAGUGUAUGUCUAUCUUGCUCUCAAUAAAUAAAGAAGUUGAAUCCGCUGCCCCA